UUUAACCAAGAGGUUAAUUUGAACGAUGAACAAUCGAAGAAGAAGAGAAAAUCUCCGGGUAAUGGAUCAAAAAAAGGUUGUAUGCAAGGCAAAGGUGGUCCUGAGAAUUCGAGUUGUAAAUACAGAGGAGUUAGGCAGAGGACUUGGGGUAAAUGGGUGGCUGAAAUUCGCGAGCCUGCUUAUAUUAGUGGUGAUAAUAAAAGCAAAGGAAAGCGACUUUGGCUAGGUUCUUUUGAUACUGCUGAUGAGGCUGCUAUCGCUUAUGAUGAAGCUGCUAAGGUUAUGUAUGGAUCCAAUGCCACACUCAACUUCCCCAAUCAUUCGAGUAAUGGUAGCAUUACUCGAACAUCUUCACUUGAAUUGAGUGGUCAAUCGUGUGUUGAUCAUGAAGAUUUAGUGCUUGAUGGUUCAAAGAAUGUUGAAAUUGAGUCGGAUUUGAAAACAUCAGAUACACCAAAUACAGAUUUAAGUUAUGCUAAUCAUGGUUCGCCUGCUUGUUCCUGGACUGAAGAGGACUUGGAAGUAAUCAUGGAGGAGAACUCUAAAAGUGAAUUAAUUGAUUUGGAGUGCAAUUCGAGAUAUUUACCUAAAUCUCAAAAUUCUUGUGUUAAAGUUGAGACACCUUUAACGAAAGAAGAUGAAUUUGUACAAUGCCUCAACUUCAACGAUGUCUCAAACACAAAAAAUGUGAAUGAAGAUGUUGGUGCGCGUCUAGAAUACAUGGAGCAUUGUCAAAUGGAUGAUAAUUGUUCAAUGGAAGCAACAAACAUAUUAGAUACCUUUUGUUUCACAGAGAACAAUGAUGAAGCUUUCGAUUUUCAGAGGUUUUUAGAAGAAUCGUUUGAUUUCAAGCCAAUGGCUGAGCUAAACUAUGCGAAGAAUGAGGAGCAAUUUGAUUGUACAUAUGCAUACAACCAGCAAAUUGACCUCCAGAAUUCAGACACAAAUUCCGAGAUUCGAUCAGAUGGAAUUCGGAAGGAGAAAAACUUGCAUGGUUUCAGAUUAGAUGACUUUGGAGCAAGCAAUAGUUGGCAACCAGAGGAAAAUAUCGAAGAUUUUUCUAUGUGCAGCUUUGAUUUUGAUAUAUCAUCCUAUAUUAAUGAUAUUAAUUAG